GUUUAAUGCAUUUAUUGUGAUUGUCGAAAUCGAAUUCUCUCGCGUGUCGCAACUGUCAAAGUUAAUGUUUUUCUUUUACAUUUUGAUACAUGUGCACAUCGGUCGACUAGUUUAGUUAACCAAACGAUUUAAGUGCACAAUUUAACAUAGUAUCCAAUAACAAACAGUAACAAUGAGGCGUCUAAAGAAGUAUGAAUCGGGUGAAGGAUCCCAAUACAUCAGCAGACGACAAGCGUUGAGAAAACUUCAACUGUCCUUGAAUGACUUCCGUCGUCUAUGUAUUUUGAAAGGAAUUUAUCCACGCGAACCAAAACACCGACGUAGAGCACAACGAGGUUCUUCAGACAUCAAAAUCUUGUACCAUUCAAAAGACAUCAAGUUUUUGUUGCACGAACCGAUUGUCUGGACAUUGCGAGACUACAAGAUUUUCAAUCGCCGAACGAAUCGCGAUCGGGCUGUGCGUGACUUCCGAAACCUGAAACGUCGAUUGGACGCUUUUCCCGACCUGAAGCUUGAUCACAUUGUCAAAGAACGUUAUCCAACGUUCAUCGAUGCCAUCAAGGAUCUGGACGAUUGUCUUACGUUGCUGUUCUUGUUUAGUACAUUCCCGUCGCUGAAGUUCGUUCCUCGUGAACAGUCAGCCAUGUGCCGACGAUUAACAAUCGAAUUUCUGCACGCCAUGAUCGCAUCGAAAUCGCUGCGCAAGGUGUUCAUUUCGAUCAAAGGAUAUUACUUCCAGGCCGACAUCAAAGGGCAAAAGGUUACAUGGAUCGUGCCGCAUUACUAUCCGUUCCAACCGCAAUCCAAAUCCGACGUUGAUUUCAAAGUUAUGUCCAUUUUCGUGGAAUUCUACACGAUUAUGUUGGGCUUCGUGAAUUUCCGGUUGUACCAUUCGUUGAAUCUGACGUAUCCGCCUCAAUUCCCGAAACAAAUUGGCCAAGACGACAAUGCCGAUCUUUCCAAUGAACACGAAUUUGUAUCGGAAAGGAUAGCUGCGCUCAACAUCGAUCUACUGAAAACCGAUCCGACGGCUCAGGAUGAAGAAGAAGAGGAGCUGGACAUUGACCUACUUGCGUCCGAUGCCGAUUCCGAAAAAAUCAAAAAACUCAAACAGGAAGCCGUCGAAGUGAAAAAACUCAAAACUCUGUUCAAAGGACUAAAAUUCUUCAUCAAUCGAGAAGUGCCCCGUGAACCAUUGGUGCUGAUUAUUCGUUCGUUCGGCGGUAAAGUAUCUUGGGACAAGGGUUUAUUCGCUGGAGCUACUUUCGACGAGACCGACGAGACAAUCACUCAUCAGAUCGUCGACCGACCACAGGUUUCCAAGCAGUAUAUGUCCAGGGAUUACAUUCAACCGCAGUAUGUCUUCGAUUGUGUGAAUCAGAUGACGUUGUUGCCGGUAAACAAAUAUUUCAUCGGAGCCGUACUACCAGCACAUUUGUCACCGUUCGUCGAUCCGAAUCGUGAAGAGAUUUAUAUUCCACCAGAGGAAAAGGCGUUGCGCGAUCCAUCGUUGAUUGAGACCCAUGAACAAAGCGAUGAUACAGAUGACGAAAAAGAGCCUCAACCAAAAUCCGAUGAUGAAGAAGACAUCCCCGAACCGGAACGUGAUGCACAGUUGGAAGAAGCUUUCAAAUUGGAACGACAAGAUGACUCCGAUGAAAGUGAUGACGAGGACGAAGAUGACGACGAAGAAACCAGAGAAAAGAAGAAAAAGCGUCGAGAAGAGAAAAAGAAAAUGGCCGUCACGGCUGGAAAGUUGCAUAAGGAGAACACCCGGGCGUUGAAAAAAGUAGAAACAGAGGAGCACCGAUUGAAGGCGCGAAUGGUGAAGCCACGACACAGAAAUCUGUUCCGGAAAUUAAUCAAAGAGAAGCAGGAAAAGCAGAAGGAACAUUGGUUGUUGGACAAGAAACGAAAGCGAUUCAAUGCUGCGGAAAAAGAGACGAAGAAGAAGCGCAAAAUCGAGGAACGGCAAAAGAAUUUAAAGUCGUAAAUGUUUUGUCUGCAGCUUCUCCCUUUACGAUUAAAAUUUGUUAAGACUCUAAACGA